AUGAGUCGUUUGCUUUUCCAAAGCAAAAUACGACAUUCUAGCAGAGAAAAGCCUUCCUGCUGCCCAGAUAUCAAAUUAUGUGACUGGACCAGGUUGGAAAAGUUCAUAAGAGGAAAUUCGGAUGAACAACAUCACUGUUAUAACAGCAGCAAAACCGCGCAAUACAACUUUCAAUACAUUCCUGACGCUGAACCUGAUAUUGUCACAUUAAAAGACAUAGAAGAGAAAAUCGAAGCUGGCAGCAAGGUCCGCGUUAAAAGCGUAGUCAAAAAAGGAGAGGCAGUCAAGAAAGUUGGCAGCAAGAAUCUGUGA